UUUCUUCUUCUCUUUCUCUCUACUGAAAAAUGGCUUCCUUCUUUUGGAUUCUGCUUCUGGGCAUCUCGUUUAUGGUGUCAGCAACAAUGGGAGCUCCCCCAAGAAGGCCUGUGGAUGUCCCAUUUGGCAGAAACUAUGUGCGCACUUGGGCUUUUGAUCACAUUAAGUACUUCAAUGGCGGCUCUGAGAUUCAACUUCUCCUUGACAAAUACACUGGUACUGGCUUCCAAUCCAAAGGAUCUUACUUGUUUGGUCACUUCAGUAUGCAAAUCAAACUGGUUCCUGGGGAUUCUGCAGGAACUGUUACUGCUUUUUAUCUUUCUUCUCAAAACUCAGAGCAUGAUGAAAUAGAUUUUGAGUUCUUGGGAAAUAGAACCGGCCAGCCAUACAUUUUGCAGACAAAUGUCUUCACCGGGGGUCAAGGUAACAGAGAACAAAGGAUUUACCUUUGGUUUGACCCAACCAAAAGUUACCCUUGCUACUCUGUUCUCUGGAAUAUGUAUCAGAUUGUGUAA